CAUGUACUUGGAUGGAACUCACAGCACACUAAAAUUUUGUAGUAGUUUUACGCCACUACGAAGAUGCGUCUCAUACAUAUUGUGUUGGUACUCGUUGUGGUCGCAAUUGUUAACGCGGCACCCGUGGAUAAGGAUAAAGUUACAGACAAAAAUAAAGAUAAAGUGAAAAGUAAAGCUAAAGAUAUAGUUAAUGAUACAGUUAAUGAUGAUGUAGAUAACGAUGAACCCGCGGAUAAAGAUAAAGAUAAAGUUACAGAUAAAGAUAAAGUUAAAAAUAAAGUUAAAGAUGAAGUUGAUGAUGAUGAAGUUAAUGAGAAACCACAUUACGACAUCAACAAAGCUCCAGAAUUGUUUAAGAAGUACAUUAAGGAUUUCAAUAAGCACUACAAGGAUGAAGCUGAUAAACAAGUGCACUACCUCGCAUUUAUUAAGUCUUUAAAGCAAAUCAAUGAAUUUAAUGCAAUUAGCACUACAGGCACAUUCGAUAUUAAUUAUUUAGCUGACUAUACCAAAGAAGAGAUGCAAAAGAUGCACGGACUAAUGAUUCCAACACUAGCACCACCUGUAGGUCACUGAUGGUACAUACGAGAAAACGAACAUACCGACUUGGAUUAAAACUUGACAAUAAAGAAUAAUAUAUCGCUUUCUGUA